CAUAGCCAAGAACUUGCCUCCCCACAUCAACCCUCACCCAUCAUUUCCAUCGAGGAAAUUUUUUUAAGUUUCUUAUCAAUAGUUUGCUAUUCCUACCCACUACGGCCCCACAACGAAACAUCCCUCUGGGUUUCAUCAUAACAGUGUUCUCUUUGUUUUUCUGUUCUGUCCUUUUUGGGUGCUGAUUGGGGGUCCUAAUUUGGUGGUUUUACUAAAAGUGAGGGAAAAAUCCUUGCUUUUGCUGACGGGGUGUUGGUGGUGAGGGUUUUACCUUUUGGCAUAAUAUGGGGAAUUGCUUCCGUAGAUGGGAGAAGCCUUCGAUUUACACCGUCUCCUCUAAUGCUAAGUCAGAGUUUCCAAAAUAUGAGAGGCCUUCAAAGAAACAAAUGAGGGAAGAUUCUAAGUUACCCUCAAAUCCCAAAGAAGUAGAAGAUCUACGCCGAGAUUCUGCUGCAAAUCCACUUAUAGCAUUCACAUUUGAAGAGCUGAAGAUAAUCACUGGAAACUUUAGGCAAGAUCGUGUGUUGGGUGGAGGAGGUUUUGGAAGAGUUUAUAAAGGGUUUAUUCGUGAGGAUCUGAGGGAGGGGCUUCAGCCUCUCCAAGUUGCUGUAAAGGUUCAUGAUGGUGAUAAUAGUUAUCAAGGGCACAGAGAAUGGCUGGCGGAGGUCAUAUUUCUGGGGCAGCUUUCUCAUCCAAAUUUGGUGAAACUGAUUGGUUAUUGCUGUGAAGAUGACCAUCGGGUACUGAUAUAUGAGUACAUGGCAGGGGGAAGUGUGGAAAGCAAUCUGUUUUCUAGAAUACUGCCUCCCCUACCAUGGUCUAUCAGAAUGAAGAUAGCAUUUGGUGCAGCAAUAGGGCUUGCCUUUCUCCAUGAAGCUGAGAAACCUGUCAUCUAUCGUGAUUUUAAGACAUCUAAUAUUUUGUUGGACAUGGAUUAUAAUGCAAAGCUCUCUGAUUUUGGUCUAGCAAAAGAUGGACCUGUAGGUGACAAUACUCAUGUUUCCACUCGCAUAAUGGGAACACAUGGCUACGCAGCACCUGAGUACAUAAUGACAGGUAAGUUUUUAUAAGGGAAGGUUCUGAAAUUUACCUGCUAUGCAAUGAAUUGAAGUAAGGAUCCGAAGUCUCUUAGUCUCUUCCUAUUUGGUAUUUAGAAUAAAUGUUGUAGUGUUGUACAAAGAAUUCAUUGCUUGUCAAAGAGCAAGGCUAAAGACUAAAAACAUGCUGUUUCCUUGUGAAGUUAUUUCAAGUUUUCAACUGUCUUCCCAGCAGCUAGUGUUUUAUGCAGGUCACUUAACUCCAGGGAGCGAUGUAUACAGUUUUGGUGUUGUUCUUCUUGAACUUCUUACAGGAAGGAGAUCACUGGACAAGUCACGACCAGCCCGUGAACAGCACCUCACAGACUGGGCUGUCCCCCUCCUUAAAGAGAAGAAGAAAUUACAAAACAUUAUUGAUCCAAGAUUAGCAGGAGAUUAUCCCAUCAGAGGAGUUCAUAAAGCUGCCAUGCUGGCAUAUCAUUGCUUGAACCGAGACCCCAAAGCAAGGCCUCUAAUGCGAGACAUAGUAGAUUCCUUGGAGCCUCUCCAGGUCUCAGAUGGAGAUUCUUCCACAGGAAAGGCCUUUACUGUGAUUAACAUGGUAUCAGAUGAAGAGUUAAAAAGAAAGGAAAAUACACACCGUAACUGAAACAUGUCAUGUUUUCUGGUCUCAUGGGGUUCAAUGACCACUCAUGAUGUAUGGUAUGUGCAUAAAUGAGAGAUGUCUUUGUUCUAUAUAUAUAUAUUUUUCACACUUUCAUGGUAUAUCGUUGCUUUCAAUAAUAAAAUACACAUCAACUU